CAUUUCAGAACUUCCCUUCUGCUUCUCAUCUCCAUCUCCACACACAAGAAUACCCCCCAACCGCACCAUGUUGUUCAAGUCCAUUGUCUCCUUGGCCCUCGUUGCUGCUGCCGCCGCCCAGACUGCCAUCAAGGGAAAGGUCUUUGACCACAUCUUCAUCGUCUUCCUCGAGAACACUGAUUACACCUUGGCCGCCUCGGAUCCCGCUCUCCAGGCUUUCAUUUCCCAGGGUGUUCUCUUGGACAAAUACUACGGCGUUACCCACCCCUCCGAGCCUAACUACAUCGCUGCCGCGGGUGGCGACUACUUCGGCAUGAACGACGACGCUUUCUACGCCAUCCCCUCCAACUACACCACCAUCGUCGAUCUCUUGGAGAAGAAGAACCUCACCUGGAAGGCCUACCAGGAGGAUGCCCCCACUGCCUGCUACAGAGACUUUCAGAACAACGGUCUCUACUUCCGCAAGCACAACCCCUUCAUCAUCUACGACUCAAUCGCCACCAACGCUACCCGCUGCGCUAAUGUCGUUCCUGCUACCCAGCUCCAAACCGAUAUCGCUGCCGGCAAUAUCCCCAACUACGCCUUCUACACUCCUAACAUGAUCAACGAUGGACACAACACCACCGUUGCCGAUGCCUCCAAGUGGUUGACUUCCUUCUUGCCCCCCUUGCUCAGCAACAAGUCCUUCAUCAACAACACCUUGGUCGUCAUCACCUUUGACGAAACUGAGACCUAUAAGAUCGAAAACCGCGUCUGGACCAUGCUCCUCGGAGAUGUUGUUGCUAACUUUAAGAACACCACCGACUCGACCUUCUAUACCCAUUACUCGCUCCUUUCAACCGUCGAGUCCAACUGGGACCUCGGAAAUUUGGGCCGCCAGGAUGCCAAUGCCACAGUUGCCAACGUCUUUGACGUUGUUGCCAAGUCCACUGGCUACACCAACCAGAACAUUACUAAUCCCCCUCUCAUGAACGGCACCGAGCCCGGUUUCUUGGCCCCAACUCCUACUGCCUCACCCACCUCCACCUCCACCUCCACCUCCAAACCAUCUUCUGCCGAUGCCCUUGCUGCUCCUAAGGUCAUGGCAGCCUUGGCCGCCCUUACUGGUGCCUUUGCCGCUCUCAUUUAAAGACUUUGUCAUAACCUGCGAAGGAGAACCAGCUUAUUAUAGUCUAUAUUCAACUACCAAUAUUUAUCCUCACAUAAUAAAGAGCCCAUUAUACCAUC